AUGCCUACCUUACCGAAGCGAUACAACAGCAUCGACAAAUAUGCGAAAGAUAUUAUCGAAUUCAUUGACAAGCCCCUAGUCCGCCAGAUUACUGGGGGCAUCCACGUCAACGACUCACUUAUCUACAAUGCCUGGGACGCCCUACCCAGUGACUGGACAUCCUGGUGGGCAUCGUUUCCAGAUCAUCGCGUAGCCCAGCAAGACUUGAUAGACAGUAUCGAAGAGAUGGGACCUUCAACCGUGGCGAAUGACGACAUAGAUCAAGUCCAGCGACUUCAACCCCUCCCAGACCGGCCAGAGUCACUGUCUAAGUGGCUCGAGAGCAUCCAGUCACUCGCCCUCCCGCGAGAUCAGCGACCUGGCAAAGUCAUAACCCUCCCAGAUAUUCUAACAAGUCGCAUGAAGACCAAAAAAAUUGUAGAAGUAUCUACAGCCGCAGCAUACAUCCACAGCGUGUGCCAAACCAAUAACAUAACCCACGUCAUUGACAUGGGCUCGGGCCAAGGGUACCUCUCAAUCUCCCUAGCCUACCUCUUUCCAGAACUACACGUGCUAGCCAUCGACGGUAGUGAGUCUCAGAUCGCAGCCUCAAAAGCCUGCGCAGGUAGUCUUGGCAUUCCUGAAACCAGAAUUCAACACAUGCGGCGCUACAUCGACGGCACGCCACCUUUGACAGAUGAGAUAGCUGCCUGGGCCGGAGGGAAGAGGUGCAUGCUCGUCGGCCUCCACGCGUGCGGGAAUCUCUCUGAGCAUAUGCUACGGUACUUUACCACUGUCCCGUUCAUUGUGUGUCUGGGCGUCGUUGGAUGCUGUUACAAUCACAUCGUCCCCCGUUCUGCCAAUUAUCCUAAUGGAUUUCCCAUCAGUGCAAGAAUGCAAGACAAAAACGUCUCCUUGAGUGCUACGGCGCUUAUGACGGGUUGCCAGGCGCCAAACAACUGGGAAAGGGCGAAUCCGAGCAAACAAGAGUCGGUGUACUCCAAAAGGCGCUUCUACCGAGCCUUGUUGGAGAAGAUCUUGUACGAUAGAGGAAUAGAACUUGACAGGGAGGAAAGACCGACGUGGGGUGUGCUGAACGGAGAUAUGGCUAGCUUCAAUGCGUUUGCACGCAGAGUAAUGAGGUACCUCAAAGUUGACGAGAGCAAAAUCAGCGAUGCUGACCUGGUAGCUUAUGAGGAAAGGUAUCGGGGAUAUGAAGGCAAAGUGGCGAUUCUCUGGACGCUCAGUGUCCUCUGCUGCAAGGUUGUCGAGAGCGUAAUUGCUCUUGAUCGGUACUUUUUCCUAACGGAAAAUGGUGGGCAAUAUGUUGAUAUUGUACCGAUCUUUAAUUAUGAAAUAUCACCACGGAAUUUAAUGCUUAUAUCUAAUAAGAGAUAG